AUGUCCAACAUUCCUAGCGAGCCCGAGUUCGAGCAGGCGUACAAUGAGCUCGCCAGCACUCUCGAGAACAGCUCGCUCUUCGAGAGAAACCCCGAGUACCGGACUGCCCUGAAGAUCGCCUCCAUCCCCGAGCGCGUGAUCCAGUUCCGCGUCCUCUGGGAGGAUGACUCCGGCAAAGUCCAGGUCAACCGUGGCUAUCGUGUUCAGUUCAGCUCGGCUCUUGGACCCUACAAGGGCGGCCUGCGGCUUCACCCUACCGUGAACCUGUCCAUCCUGAAGUUCCUUGGCUUUGAGCAGAUCUUCAAGAAUGCUCUCACAGGCUUGAUGAUGGGUGGUGGCAAGGGUGGUGCCGAUUUCGAUCCCAAGGGCAAGAGCGAUAACGAGAUCCGCCGGUUCUGCGUUGCCUUCAUGCGCGAGCUCUCCAAGCACAUUGGUGCCAACACUGACGUCCCCGCCGGCGAUAUCGGUGUCUCUGGACGUGAGAUUGGCUGGAUGUUUGGCACCUACCGCAAGGAGCGCAACCUCUUCGAGGGUGUCCUGACCGGCAAGGGCCUCGACUGGGGUGGCAGCUUGAUCCGCCCCGAGGCGACGGGCUAUGGUCUCAUCUACUAUGUUGGACAUAUGAUCGAGUACGCUGGUGCCGGCAACUGGGCUGGCAAGCGUGUGGCCAUCUCCGGCUCGGGCAAUGUCGCCCAGUACGCCGCUCUCAAGGCCAUCGAGCUCGGUGCGACUGUUGUCUCCCUUUCCGACUCCAAGGGCUCGCUCGUCGCCGAGGGUGACGGACACAUCACGCCUGAGGAUGUUAACGCCAUCAUGGACAUCAAGGUCAAGCGUGAAUCGCUCAACAGCUACACCUCUAGCAGUGGCCUCAAGUAUAUCGAUGGCGUGCGGCCGUGGCUGCACGUCGGAAAGGUCGACGUUGCCCUGCCCUGCGCUACCCAGAACGAGGUCAGCAAGGAGGAAGCCGAGGGCCUUCUGGCUGCCGGUGCCAAGUUCGUUGCUGAGGGCUCCAACAUGGGCUGCACACUCGAGGCAAUCAAUGUCUUUGAGGCCGAGCGAAAGGAGAAGAAGGCCGAGUCGGUCUGGUAUGCGCCUGGCAAGGCUGCCAACUGCGGCGGUGUCGCGGUGUCGGGCCUUGAGAUGGCACAGAACAGCCAACGUCUCCAGUGGACCUCUGAGGAGGUUGACCAGAAGCUCAAGGAUAUAAUGAAGACUGCUUUCUUCCAGGGCCUGAACACUGCCAAGGAGUACGUCAAGGCCGAGGAAGGUGAGCUGCCCAGCUUGGUUGCUGGCAGCAACAUUGCCGGCUUUGUCAAGGUCGCCAAGGCCAUGCACGACCAGGGUGACUGGUGGUAA